UAUUCAAAAUGACAUUAUCAAGGUCUUACUCAGGAAAUCUAUUAAAUUUUUCGGUCCAAAUAAAAUUGUUAUGGUUAUAAAAGUGGGAAUUAAUGGAUUUGGCCGCGUUGGCAGAGUAGUGUUCAGAACCUGCCUGGAACAUCCAGAUAUUGAGAUAUCUGCCAUCAAUGACCCGGCUAUAGAGGUUGAAUAUGUUUGCUACUUGAUAAAGUUCGACUCUACUCACGGAACGCUCAAAAAACAUGUUACUCAUAGAGAUGACGAGAUUACAAUCGACGAGUUGCGUGUGAAAGUUUUUCAAGAGAAGUUGCCGUCUAACGUGCCAUGGCACACAGCCGGCGUACAGUACGUCAUAGAGGCUUCUGGAAUGUUCACGAGUUUGGAAAAAGCAUCGGUUAAUAAGAUAAUAUAUAGGGUGUUAGUGACACCGUAACGAAUCCUGAGGGGGAUGAUUCAGACCAUGAUUCUGAGUUGAUAUCAAGCGGAAUUUCCUGUCGGAAAAUUCAUGAAAAGUUUAGUGUUUUUUUAUUAUUGUCAGUUCCGCAACUUUUGCGACGGAAUAUUCCAUUUGAUAUCAACUCAGAAUCAUGGUCUGAAUCAUCCCACAAAGUUUUCGUUACAAUGUCACUAACAUCUGUAAACUUAUUUGUAGCAAAGACACACAGAAAGCUCGUUGAAGUGUGGGUACUUAGUUCAUCUUGCGACGGAUGUACCUCACCAGCUUGACAAGGACAGCGGCUUUGAAACCCAUCCGAGUCAGAUUUUUCCUUUAUUAACAUAAGCUCACGACUAUAUCCCCAUUGGGGUAGUCAGAGGUACAUCCAUCGCAACAUGUACUAUAAUAAUAAUAAUAAUGCAAGAUUAUACAAUGCAAAGACCGAAACACUGUAGGUACUUAAUCCAUGCUUCAUCUGUUGACAACAACUUCAUAAUUCAAAUUUGUGUACUAAUUACCUACACCUCACCGAGCUCUAUGUUACACCAAUGCAAAUGAAACAGGUGGUGAUGAACUGUAUCGCCUUCUCUGCUUACACCGAUGGAAAAUAGGCAUAACUUUAUGUAUGUUUGUUAAAAAAAAACACAAGGAAAGUCGUGAAUUUUGCGACGGAAAAUAAAACAUACAACAUAAACAGCCUAUAUACGUCCCACUGCUGGGCACAGGCCUACCCUCAAUCAACCGGAGGGGGUAUGGAGCAUACUCCACCACGCUGCUCCAAUGCGGGUUGGUGGAGGUAUUUUACGGCUAAUAGCCGGGACCAACGGCUUAACGUGCCCUCCGAAGCACGGAAUCAUCUUACUUUUUCGGACAAUCAGGUGAUUCAAGCCUGAAAAGUCCUUACCAAACAAAGGACAGUCUCAUAAAGUGAUUUCGACAAUGUCCCCAUCGGGAAUUGAACCCGGACCUCCAGAUCGUGAGCCUAACGCUCUAACCCACUAGACCACAGAGGCUGUUGCGACGGAAAAUACCACUUGAUAUUAUUUCUGAAUCCUCAGUAUUC